AUGGCCACCGACGAGCCAACCACGAACGAGGUCAUUCAACGGCUCAAGGAGGCUCGCCCCCCGGCAUCCGAUAGAUUUACAUACCUCACAAUCAUAGACAAGUCCAUGUCCCCCGAUAUCCUGCCGGCCCUCCACGAAAUCCUGGAAGAUGUAGAACUUACCAGCGACAUUGGCUGGGACCUCGUUGAGAUGCUCAUCCACGUCCCAGGGAGCGAGAGCUGUCUAGAAACCAUUGCGCGUCUGGGAAACCCUCGGGAAGUCAUCCUAAAGGUGUUGCAGGUCAUGGAAACGGUGACAGGAGAAGGAGAAAACGGCGCGGUGGGAAACCAGUGCUUUGUCACUCUCUGCGGCAUGCUCGGCAUCCUGCAUAAACGCCUUCAAGUCAAGACGCCGUCUCGAUUUUUGCACACCACCCUAGAUACUGUGUAUCGAUCAUACGACCCAACCAGUGCCGAGUCGACCGCUGCCAUCAUUUCCUUGAUGCAAUCGCUUUCUGCGCAAAAAAGACCUCCGCUGCCGUCACGACAGUCGAGUACUGUGCUCGAGACGGCCGUGCAUACCAGCGACGAGACAAAGAGUGCGCCGGAUCCAGAGGCGGAUAAGUCUGAUCUUCCAAACGACAAUGAGCUCGAAGUUGUGACGCAUUUGUUACGGUGCUUUAUCACCUGCGUCAUUGAGGCCUACGUCAACUCGAACAAGUUGGAAUGGGCAGCAAGAUUGCUGGAAUUUACGUAUCCCGACAGAGUGCCCCCGGGAAGGAAGACGAUGAUGCAGGCAUUCAACGAAGUAGAUGCGCUUAGAGCAAAAGAUGCAUUGGUCGGCCAGCUAGCAGCUGUUGCUGGGGAUUUGGACUUUGCCAAGAUGACCUUUGCCGAGCUUCGACAGAUCCUUGAAGCGCCCAUAGUUAGAGAUCCAUUGGCGAUCGAAUUUGAUCCUGCUAAUGCGGACGAGAUCAAGAUAUCGGGAGGUGGGCUGCUAUGCAUAAUUGCUUAUUGGGUCUUUGCGGGAGACGUCUUUGAUGCCGACCAACCUCGGCCUGGGAUGCACAUAUUUCCAGACCACCAACAACUACUCAAGCACUACAUUGGAGACGACCCCCAAUCGGAAAUCUUGAACAACCCUGGAACUAUGGAAGCCUUGGUCGUACUCGCAAUCUGGCUAGUUGGCCAGAAGAAGCUUGCCAAGGGCGGCGCAACAGAUACAAGUGCCAAGGACAAUUACAUGCCAUAUCACCAUCUCAUAACACUGAUUUCUGUCUUCCACCCCAAUAUCCAGGCUCGAAAUGCCGCAACAGUCAUUGCCGGGGCAGUCCUCCACUCGGACCCAGACGAGGACGAUCGCCUCGCCAUCCUAGAAGACCUCCUCGAGAACUGCAUGUUUGCGUCCCUCCAAGCGUGUGCGGUAACCUGGCUCAGGGAGGAAGUCAUUUCCGCCCGCAAUUCCAAAUCCAAAGGACGAUUCAGCACACCUGACUGUUUUGAGUCCGUACAAUACACGCUGUUCCCCGACCUGACGCAUCUAAACGAAGCGGAUGUCGAGUCAUUGUUGGAAUUCUGGGCAGAAGCGUCCCCGUUCCACCUACAGGCUGCAAACUUUGCUCUGUUCCUGUUUGGAAACGAGUACAGGGACUUGGCGCCGGCGGGCAUGGCAGCCGCCAUUGAGCAUCGUUAUGUGCAACCACUUCUGCACGCGUCUGGGCGGUUGAUUGAGGAGAUGGGAAAGAGGGAGAUUGAAAAUUCCGACGCCCCUGACAACAUGGUUAUGGAACUGGGAAUAUUGAAGGACACGCUUGAAAGGGUGCCUUUGCAGUGA